UCUGUGGAGAGCGGAGCAGGUUUACGAGCAGCAGCGGAGAUUUCCAGUCUACGGCGGCUGAUAAUGCACUAAGGCAGCGCAGCUCUUUAUUGGAUCGAUAAAUGUCAGCGGUUUUGCGUCCAGGUGAAUCAAGUGAAAUGCCGCGGACUCGGAAAUGGGAGAAACACAUUUAGAUGGUUGUUGACACAACGCAUAUCGCCAUGAAGCCAGCUUCAUGUUGCCGAUUUCUCGCUUUCGAUGCUUUCACUGCUGCCUGCAGUCCGGAUCAUUCAAGUUAAAGCGACACAGGGACUGACCCACUCUGACUGACAGUCCUGAUCUUUGCCUGAUGAUAUGAGAGGCCCAAGGAGACCGUGAUGGAGCUCCAGGACAUGGGCUGGUUGUGUCUGGUGGUGCUCUUCCUGGCUUCCCUGCUCAUUGUGCUGGCAUGGCUGCUCCAGUACUCGCUGACCGUGCUGCGCCUCUGGAGAGCCAAGAAGAAGAGAGCCGAGCAGGACAGGGGAGAAGCGGCCCAGCAGGUCCUCUUCACACAGUCCCACCAGAGCCAGGCUGGAGGUGUUUGGGGCUUCCUGCAAAAGCUGCGCCUCAACCGUGAUGAAGGGUCUGCCUCGGAGGCAGGGGUCAAAGGCUUGCUGACUUCUCUCUUCUCCUUCAAGUCGUUCAGGGAGCACUGGCAGAAAGCUUGGGUCCGAGCUCUGAAUGACCAAGCCUGCAGGCAUGGGAGUUCCAUCCAGAUCACUUUCGACAGUAGUCUUCAGCUAACAGCUUCUUCUGCAAUAGAUAGUGUGACCUGCACUGACCAAUCAGCACACUGUAUGAUUUUACACUGUAAGUGUUGGGUGGACACUGUGACAUUUCCAGUGACAGUCACCCAGCAGUCACCCGCUGCAGUUUCCAUGGACACCUACCAGGUCACUAUAGAGCCCAUGGUGACAAAGCUGGUGGUGUGUCUGGAGGAGAUGGAGGAGGAGGGACUGCUGGUUUCCUGGACUCUGUCCAAGCAGCCGUCAUUCAUCCUGAGCGUGUCUCCAUGCCGGCUGCAGAGACAGGGCGGUGAGGGUGAGGCAGACCUGGACAUGAUUAAAGGACUGGUAGAGGACACUCUGUUCAACACUCAGCCAGCCAUGGUCCUCAAUCUCAAAACCUGUGUGUCCAGCCCUGCGGUCCCCAUGGAGCAUCUGUCAGUGGGGCUGAACUCUGUGUCCCAGAGCAUUCCUGUACGGCGACUACUGCUCCGGCAGCUCAGGGCAACCUCCCAUAAAGGUCAGUGGUCCCGACCAGGGGAGCUGUGCUGCGUCCUGAGCCUGGACCAACCCGCCACAGAGAGGAGAACCCGCUUCCUGUCUGUCCCCAGCAACCCUGCCGCCUCGCUGGAAUGGAGCGAAGACGUCACUCUGGACCUGGGCCCAGAAACCAAAGAGCUGAGGAUAAGACUUUUGGAGCGGAACAGCAAAAGGGAACAAUUCUUGCCUGGCCACGCCUCCAUAAACCUGGACAUCCCAUGUAAAAUUCCCACGGGACAACACGUCCUGUCUGUCAGCCCAGGCCACGGCUUGGCGCCAAACGCCACUGUCACCUUAGAGCUUCUGUAUGUGGAGUCAGAGGAGGUUCGCGGCAGCCACAACACUGUGCCACUUCGCUCCUCACUCACCCCCACUAAGAAGGUAGACGUGGACCGAACUAUAAUGCCAGACGGGACCAUCGUCACCACUGUCACCACCAUCCAGUCCCGACCCAAACUGGACCGCAUCCCAGGUGAUUCCCCCUUGCGUUCCCCGUCCAAAGUGGAGGUGACAGAGAAGAAAUCCACCAUCCUGUCUGAUGGAAGAGGCAGCACCAGCCCCAAUCCUAGCAAGGACAGCCCCGUCUCGAAUGGCCUGGAUCCUGUUGCAGAAACUGCCAUUCGGCAGCUAACAGAGUCCGCCUGCAAAGUAGCGAGGAAGACGCCGACUAAAAGAAGCACGCUCAUCAUCUCCGGGGUGUCAAAGGUUCCACUGGCAGAAGAUGACUCGGCGUUGUCGAUGGGCUACGCUGCAGCCAUGGAUGCAGCCAUGCACAGCAACCACUAUGGGGCGGGGCAUCACCAUGACCCAGAUGAGACCACGCCCUCUGACGUGUCGGAGCGUCCCUCUGUGGACGACGUGGAAUCAGAUACUGGCUCCACUGGUGCCUUGGAAACCCGCAGCCUCAAGGACCAUAAAGUGGGCUUUCUGCAGAGCGGGACAAAGCUGCUGUUCCGCAGGAGGCAUCGAGACAAAGACCCCUGCAUCAGCCAGUCCCAUGAAGACAUCUCCAACCUGGGCAAUAACUGUGUCGCCGCCGCAGCUGCUGGCCGCAAAAAAUCUGGCAGUUUCUCUCGGCGGCUCAUCAAACGCUUCUCCUUCCGUUCAUCGGGCAAAUCGAAAGGCAAAGCUGCCACCAACGGAGGAGCGAGUGCACUGGACAAGUGACUGCCAUGAGAGGAGCGGGACGUGGGUCAUCUUAACUGUUUGGCAGGGUUGUUUCACGGUGUGGCCCACUUACCUCUAACAUCAUCAUCAUCAGAUGAUCUUUAUCUUGGCAAGAAUCCAUUUUUGGACAGAUGAGACACCCCAGGUGGGUGGUCAUGUGUGUUUAAUUAAAGCAUACCUCUGGGAGGGCUUUCCUCUGGAUAGAAAGAAUUGCAGUUUCAGGAGAAGCGGAGUAAAGCUGACUCACACUGCUGGAGUGGAAAUGUGCUUAUCCAGCCUGCUUAGUGGGGAGGGGAGAUCUGCUGCUGGAUGGAGAGGUGAGGCAAACGGGAACAACCAAAUGUUUGAACACACGAGGUCAGUAGAUAGACAGAGUGACUGUGACCCUUAUCAGAGGAAUUGCUCUUAAAUUAUUUAAAGAUAUAAAUAAUGCCAGUAAGAUACUAUUGGUUGCACUUUGGACUUUUUUACAGCACAUGUAAAAUUAUUCUUGUGUUGCAUAGAGGUAAUUUAUCAUUAUUUAUUGCUCAGUCGCAAAACAAAUGCUAUUUUACCCACCAGAAUAUGAUUUAUAAUAAUUGCAUUAUGUAGUAGAGACACUGGUGUGCGUGUUUUUGUUUUUUCAAUGCAAAAGUAAUUUUAAACAAAUAGUUUAGCAAGUGAACAAAAUCAGCCAGUCUUAAUUUAGCUAUAAUCCUCUUUCAGAUUUACUUAUACACCGGUUUUGUAAUGUUGUUAACUUAAAUAAGAAGUAGGAACAGACAGAUAAUGUCUGUUUUUACUUUAUUAAUUUUUGCCAUUUCAUAAAAGGGAUUUUCAGCAGAAUAUUAUUGGAAUUUUAGCUCAUAAAUGCACUUCAUUCUGAAAUUGCCUGUGCUAAAACCUAAACCAGCCUUCUCAUUAGAGCCUCCUCUUCAGAUACAGCAGACUUGUAAAUAAACAAAUCAAUGCAUACUGUACAGGAUCUCCAGCUGACUCUUCCAGCAGGGCAAUGAUUUAAAGCCUUUCAGACUUUUGUUACUAUACUGUCAGAGAAUAAAGCAUCAGUAAAGCUUUGUGUGAUUUUAAGUUUCAUUAUCAGGUCCUACUUUCCUUGUGGCUCCUGUUGACUCCAGUUCGUUCAAAAGUGCAUUUAAAACACAGCGUAGAGUCUUCAGCCAAUGCAUGCAUGGAUAUUUCAUCAUUUCAGAAACUUGCAUUUUCAUUACUGUACAGCAUGUUCGCAUAUAUUGCAGUUUAGGGAAAAAAAAUAUCUCACACAAAGGCUGGAGGCUGAGCAAAUGACACACAUCACAUAGGCUGAAACAAGCCAAACUGAUACAAACUUAUAUCAACAUUUAGAAGCAUUUUCACAUGGUAAACCUUUUUAUUGCAGAAAUAAACCUCAAUCAAGUGAAUUAAGAGGGAUGACGUUUAGUUGCAGUGUAGGCAGGAAAAAAAUGAAGUCUCUGGAAAGUGUUUUAGAUGCUCUUGGGAGGCACUGGGAGCUACAGGACUGACUUUGAAGUUUACAACAAGGUGAUGGGUGGAGCUCAAGUUCUCAGGGCUAUAAAGUGGCUACUAGCAACCAGAAAUUUAGGGAAAACACUCAGUGUGGUCCUUUUGAUACAAAACUGAAACUCAGACUCUAAUAAAGGGGCAUGCUCCAUCAUUCAAAGACAAACUGAUUCAAUAUGUAAAAAUGUACAAGAGACUUACUCUGGCAUAUAUGUUUUGUAAGAAAAAAUGAAAAAUCUUUCACUGUGUGUUCUAAGUAUCUUUCAGAGCAACCAAAUUAAACUGUUGGGAUUUCAUUUUGAGAUUUAUUUUGUAUCACUAAACUAUAGGCUAGUUGUUUUAAAGGGAUUACAGUAGCUAUAACACACCCACUGGUGCAAGUAGAGACUUCCCCAGGACUCAGAUGGAUUUGUGCUUUACUGUAGAAAACUGCAACCAAAUUAAACUGUUUAAGAAAUGAACAAAGUUACUCAUUUGUGUAAUGGCAUAUAUAAUUCGGCCUAGAUGUGAAAGACCUGAAUUAAGGUCUUGGUGAAACCUGGUUUAAGAGAUUAUUUACAUAUGGUUUCAAUUCUUGUGAUAUUUAAAAUGUUUAAUUUAUUGCAAUAAAUUAUUUUUGAAGCCUCA